UCACAUCCCGUACUCGUCGCCAGCAAGCAAGCGCUCCCCGCGUGUUCACACCUCGACCUGCGACGUAAGGCCGGCGUGGACCAGCCGCCGACCACACGCCUUGGAGUCUGCCAGCCGCCGACCACAAGCGCCGCCGCCGACCGCCGCAAGGGGGAGGAGAGAUGAAGUGGGGGCUGGCAGCCGCCGUGGCUUCCGCGGCGACCGUGGCGGCGGCGUCGGGCGCCGAGCUCCUCGCCUGCGACUGCGACGCCUCCGCUCCGUCGCCGGCCCCUGCCGCGACCGUCGGCAGGUGCGACGGGCUGGUGCUCUCCCGGCAGCACCACGACGACGAGGUCCCUGAGGGAUCCUCGUCGGCGUCGAGGGACAACAGCCAUAGCGGCGGUCGCCGCGGGCAGCGGUUCGCGCCGCGAUUCGAUGGCCUGCGCUUCAUCGAGACGCUCGUCACGGCGCACCGCUGAAGCGACGGACCCGCGAUCCGCCUGGCUGCCUAUGCUCCGGUGGUAAUCUCCCCGCCGCCAUGAUUCGGCGAUUCGUUGUUGCUGGUGGCGCUUAGGCCACCGAGUUUUGUUAGAACAACAAUUUCAGGCUUCCCCUUUUCAUUUGGUGCUGUGCUGUUCGUCCUCUUGUUGAUGUCGGUGGUCCGUGACCAUUCAUUCUCCUUUUUUAGCUUGUUUGUGUUUGUGCGAGAGGGAAGGAUUAAGAUUAUACCCGGCAUGUCGAUUUGAGCAAACGCUACUCUAUUUCUUUAUUUAUAAUGUCA